AUGUCUAAGAACCGACACUAGUCAGUAUAAAGACAAUUAAUGUUACAAUUAAAAUUACUAAGUAUAAGAAUUAAAAUAAAAACAAAAAAGGAGAUAGGGACUAAAAUGAGCCACACCUACAACUUCCAUGAUCUUCUUCUCUCUAUCUUUUACUAUAUAAGCAUAUCUUAUAACAAAAUCAUUUGCCAACAAACGUCUCAACUUACAUACACAUCUUCCUUUUGCAUACCCCCAAACACUUCAAUGGAGAACUCCGUAAACAACAGCGUGAAACGAGUCAGAAUGAUACACGAAGAUGAAGAUCAAAAAGAAGAGAGUAGUUGGAUAAUCUACUUUGAAGACAUUGAUCAUGAAGAAGGCAGAGAAGAAACGAUUCAUUACUACGAUAGUGACUCUUCCAUGAUCUCCGACGCUGCUUCACCUGUUCACAUCACAAAGACUAAUAAUGUUGUUCGAAGAAAGGAUUAUAGCAUUAAUAAAAACCCUAAAAAGAGACGAUUCAUUCAUCAACACAAAGAAGAAGAAAAACAAAAAGGAGAGGAGGAAGAAGAAGACACAGCCUCUUCUCCUUCUAAUAAAACCAAGGGUUUAAGUGUGUUGGAUGGUGCGGAGUAUAAGGCAAAACAUGGAAAAUCCGUGGACAAUGUUACAUCCGAGGAGAGAGGAUGCUUAACAGACACAGUAUCAAAGAUAAAUGAAGAAUUCUUCUUAGCAGAAUUGAAGAAGAGAGGACUUUGUGUAGUUCCUUUAUCAAUCUUAUCCAACUUUAUUGCUUGAUGAUUCUUUUCAAACACAAGUUUUUAACUGUGAUUAUUAUUUUUAUUCUUCUGAUUCUCUAAUGUAAAAGAUUUACUAUUAUUGUAAAUUAACGUACAGAAAAUCGAAAUCAUAUUGAAAGUUAAGCACUUUGCAAAUAUCAAAAGUGUGACAAAGCUUAUACUUUAGACCCUUUUAAACACAGCUUAGCAAUAUAGACUACUCAGUUUGUAUGGACUGCACCUCAGAAUACAAAAGGGCUUAGGAGAUGAUAA